ACUAUUUUCGGAACCACCACAUCACCAUGAUCACCAUGAACGAGCUGGUGGAUCUGCGCAUGCAGCAGCACAUAGCGCACGAGAUCUAUCGCCAGCAGAUCAUGCAGCGCAUACCAGAUCCUUUUCCGCCCAUGCUGCCGAUUCCGAUGCCCAGGCACGUGAUCAUGCCACCCCGAGUCACGCUGCCCGGCGUGGAGAUGACCCUGCAGAACGACGAUCUGUGGAAGCAGUUCCAUCAAAUUGGCACGGAAAUGAUCAUCACCAAGAGUGGCAGACGCAUGUUCCCCUCGAUGCGACUGAGUGUCUCCGGUUUGGAGGAUGAGAGCAGCUACUGCGUGCUCCUGGAGAUGGUGCCCAUGGGCGACUGCCGCUACAAGUUCUCCGGCUCCCAGUGGGUGCCGGCCGGAGGAGCCGAGCCCCAGAGUCCCCAGCGGAUGUACCUGCAUCCGGAUAGUCCGGCCACCGGUGCCCAUUGGCAGGCGCAGCCCAUACUGUUCAACAAGGUCAAGCUGACCAAUAACACGCUGGACAACAGCGGCCAUAUCGUCCUGGCCAGCAUGCACAAGUAUCAGCCGCGUCUGCACGUCAUACGCACCGCUGAUCUGGCGCAGAUUCCCUGGGCUCCCCAGCAGGCCUUUGUGUUCGCCGAGACCGAGUUCGUGGCCGUGACAGCCUACCAGAACGAUCGCAUCACCAAGCUGAAGAUCGACAACAAUCCGUUUGCCAAGGGCUUCCGCGAAACGGGACAAUCGCGCUGCAAACGCAAGAUGUCUUCAUCGCCAACAGGCGAGGAUCAAGAUCAGUCGCCGUCCCUGUCCCAUUCCCAUUCCCAGUCCCAAUCCGAGUCGGACAUGUCGCCAACGAAGGGAGGCGGUGAGGCAGCCGGUGGAACAGCGACAAUCGGCGAUUCGGAUGGUCCGCAAAUUAAGCGCCUGAGAUCAAAUGGCUCCGCCUGCUCCUUAUCAUCAUCGCUGGACGAGCAGUCGGUGCCUGGCGCCAGUUCCCUGGCCCUGGGCUCCCCACCGCCCCAUCUCCAUCCGCAUCCCCUCCAGGCGAGGAGUGCCUCCAGCGUCUUCAUGCAGCACUUUCAGCAGAACAUGCAGAGCCUGCUGCAGCCUUCGCUUGUGGACUUGGCAUGUACCUACUUCGGGCGACCCCAUGAGUACGCAGGAGCGGUUCAGGCCUCACCUCUCUAUCCACCAGCAGCCAUGCUACAGGCUGGCCUGGGCCCACAUCCUGGCCUGAAUCUGCCCACCGGCGUUUCCGGUGCGGAGCUCAUUUCCGAUGAGUCGGGAGCGGAGGAACUCGAACUGGAUGUGGGCAGUGAGACGAGCACAUUGGAGCAGUCCACCCAGGAACAGCCACCGGAACAACCCUCUACCAGGAGCAAGGGCUUCAGCAUAUCGGCCAUUUUGGGGGGAGGAAGUUAG